CCAUGGCUGUGCGCGCGCGGACUUGGUGGCGCUCAUCGUGGGCGAAGGCGUGAGGUGCGGCGCGGUGCAGCUUGAGCUCCGGCGGUUGAGCUCCGUUGGCGACGUCAGCUUGCUCCGAGGUGCGUGGGACGCUUUUUGGGGGCCUGUGCGCCGCGUCGCCAGACACGCUGCAUACGGUGUGCUACGCGAGGUUACUGCUAACACGGGUUUUUGGUGUGCAAGGAAAGAGAAGGGUUAGGCUAAUGGGAGAUUGAGUCUGAGCAUGAGUGUGUCUGCGUUGACGGUGCGGUGGCUGGCGAGUACGGGGGUUGUGGAGCGGCAAGAGGCGACUGCAAGUGAGCAGCAUGAGGGGGAGCUUGGUCAUGAAGAAAAUACGCAAGAGCAGGAAGAAAAAGAGUACUCGACCAGUCACGAGGAGAAUGAUGAUCGUGCUGCCAAUUCACGCCAUGAGGACGAUGAAGGUCUGCACCACGACCAAGUCGCAACACCAACAUCAGACUCGACCGAGGAAAGCGACUCUGGGUCAGACACCAGCACUUCUACUUCUAGUCUAUCGACGUCAGCUCAAUCACCUCCAUCAACGAGCUGUAUCCAAGAAGCCCAGCUCUCGCCCGACGGCACAUGCAUCUUCACCUCCGACUACGCCCGCGCCUUCUCUGUCUACCCCCUCAGCACCGACAUUCUCUCAGCCCCCACCACCCAACCUCUGACCCCAUACGCCCGCUUCCAGUCCGCCGACCCCAUCUGGGCAUUCGCAUGCAACCCGCUCUUCAACCUGCAGGACCCCAGCAGCACGCACGUCCUCAUCAGCCGCCGCGACCGCUACAUCACGCUGCACAACGCGCUGUGGGACGUCUCGGCUCCUCCAUCUCCCACUCCCGCAGCCCCCCCAUCGUCACCAGUAAACAUCCACACCCCCCUCACAUCCUACAAGCUCACCAACCCGCUCACCGAAGCCGUCACCGCACCCCUCAGCCUCGCCUACAGCCCAUCCGGCACCCACUUCCACGCCGGCGCCACCAACGCGCUCUUCACCUUCGACCUCUCGCACCCCGAGGCCCCUGUAACGCGCAUCCCGACCAUCCCUUCGGCGCGCACGAAACUCAAGGGCGGCGGCCGCGGCUUCAAAGGCGCGAUCGCCGCGCUCGCCGCCGCCCCGCAGUUGUCUGCGUCGCACGGGCUGGUCGCCGCGGGCGCGCGCACGAGGCACGUCGGGCUGUACGAUGCGCGCGGGGCCGAGGUGACGCAUGUCGCGCUGGGGGGCGUGCGGGGCGAGACACGCUCUGGUGCUGGCGUGACGGGAUUGCGGUGGAGUGCGUGUGGCCGGUACUUGUACGUGGGCGAGCGCGACGCGGAUGUGCUGCUUAUCUACGACGCGAGGAGUUUCGCGUUUGCGCUGGGGUGCUGUGGGGGAAGGGCGGCGCGAGGAAGGCAGAGGUUGGGGUUUGAUGUGUGGAGUGGGAAUGGGGGGGAGAGCCAUGAGGUGUGGGCUGGGGGAGUGGAUGGGAAGAUCAGGGUGUGGCGCGAUCCGCAGCUGAGGGAGGGGGUGGUGGAGGCAGACGAGGUGGUUGGUGUUGGUGGGGGACAAGGAAUGCCGGUUGUGAGUGCGCUGGUGCAUCCGAGUGGGACGCUGGCGGUGGCGGCGAGGGGGACGAUACAGCUCGGCGACGACACGGGCGGGGGGGUGAGAAGAGGCGGCGGCAGGAGGCCGCGGUUCUCGGAGCGCGGCUGCUUGGAUAUCCUCGGACUGUCCGGAUACUGAGACUGCGGGCGUACAAGGACCUGGUGUUUCUUGUUGCUGCUACCGAAUGGACACCCGGCGCUCACGGUUCACUUCUCCCUUCCACCCGCAUAUCCCAGAUAGUAUGCGCAUGCCAGGACCCAACAGAUGCAUUACGCAGUGCAGCUAGCAAGCCGACCGACCAACCAACCAACAGACAGUGUCUCGAUUGCAGACACGCUCGCCAAAAAACUAACUCGCUCGGUGAAGUGAACGACGACAACCCCCACCAGCGCCAAAAAGAACGGACGCGGCGCGAAUCGAACGUGCACCUCCCACAUCACCCGGCACGAGCGUCCUCGCCUCCUCCGCCAGCUAACCGGUUGCAACAGCUUGCUGUGGAGCACCACCAGCCCUCAGUCAGAGCGCCUCAGAAAUUAAUCAAAGGCAAGUUCCAAAAGCUAUAGAAAUUAAUCAAUAACGGAUAUUUUGCUC